ACAAGGGGUGGCCGCGGAAAGCUUCGAACGACCGCCUUGCCACACGCUUUCAGAGGGAGAUGAAAGUAUACAGGCAAGACGAAGACAGAGUUAGUGAGCCCUCAUCUUCGCCUUCCUCUUCACCUUCUUUGUAGGUUCUCCUUGUUUUCCUCCUGUUCCUCUUCUUCUUCCUUAAAGGCUGCUCGAAUCUACGAUUCGACUUUCUGACACCCUCGCCAUAUUCCUGCUUGUUUGCGAGAGUUAGGUUCCUUUUUCAAGUGAAGAUAGAGAAGGAAUCAGUGGGAAAAUGAAGAUAUUGAACAUAUGGAAGAAGGUAUAAGAACGCUCAAUUACAUUGUGCAUCUAGAAAACUUUGAAAGAGAGAAUUGUCAUGUGGCCUUGUAUUUUGAAUUUCAACCCGCAUUGCACGUGAAUAUAGAUGAAAUUGCUGAUCUUUUGAGAAAAGGAGAGAUCACGUCGUGCUCAGAAGGAGAAUUUGACGUUGAACUUUUUGCCGAAAAAGCAGGAUCACAAAAUGUUACUGUUUGCUCUCCACUGAUUGGUUCUGAAGUUACUUUGAAUUUACCAAUCCAUCAACGUUACCAUGCAGCCCGGGAAGGUGGAGGCUACGUUGAACUUAGAAUCCCAAAACCAAAACUUCUUCUUGGUUGUGAUGAGAGAAUCAAAGAAAAUAGAAUUUCGAAGCUGAAAUUCUGUUCCCCAUGUUUUGAUCUCGCUGAAAAAUGGCGGGAAGUCCCUUACAAUCUGAAUCCAGAAGCAGAGGAUUACAUUUGGUAUGUUCCUGUAGGAGACACUUUGAUGUUGCCCAUAGUAACAUGGGUCACAAAUAUCGUCGUUACCUGUGGCACACUUUACAUCCUUUGGAUUCUUUACAAAGUUAAUGUUUUAGAUGAAAGACACAUUAAGCAGAGUUAAAAUCUAAGUCAUAAAGUAAAUCUAAAGGUGAUGUACAUAAAAUAAUCAAGAUAAAAACUAAAAUUUAUCUAUUCAUAGGAAUGACGAAAUAAUUUAUACAAAAUUUUCGA